AUAGUAUUACGGAAUAUCCCACAACACAAGCUCUUCUACGCAGGUCCAGCCAAUAAUUGUCUCGAUUUCUCUCUCCCCAAAUCUCUCACCGAUUACCAGAUAGGAGGAAGGGGGGUGGAGAAUUGGAGAUUUGGAGAUUUGGUUAUUAACAAAUGUACCGGCAUAUGGCGGCGACUGAGACGCGUGGCGGACAGCCGACGGAUAGUGGUGAUGCUGUGGUGACUCUUGAUCAAGUUCCUAGAUGGAGUGAUGGGGAUUUUAGAUAUAGUUAUGAGAUUGAAGAUCCUAAUUUUCCUAACAUGCAUUUUCCGGAUCCGUUAGCCUCGUCUUCUGGGGCGGAUAGUAGUGGGAAGGUUUCGAGGUUUCCGGUUGAUCAUGAGGUUAAUUCGAAGAUUUAUCUUUGGAGAGGGAAUCCGUGGAAUCUUGAGGUUGAUGCGGUAGUUAACUCUACGAAUGAGAACUUGGAUGAAGCUCAUUGCAGUCCUGGUUUGCAUGCUGCUGCUGGGCCUGGUCUUGCUGAAGAAUGUGCGACAUUGGGUGGCUGCAGAACAGGGAUGGCGAAAGUCACUAAUGCAUACGAUCUUCCUGCAAGGAGGGUUAUACAUACAGUGGGACCCAAGUAUGCUGUAAAAUAUCAUACUGCAGCAGAAAAUGCAUUGAGUCACUGCUAUCGAUCUUGUUUAGAACUCCUGAUAGAAAACGGGCUUCAAAGCAUUGCAAUGGGCUGCAUAUACACAGAGGCAAAAAAUUACCCAAGGGAACCAGCAGCUCACGUGGCAAUAAGAACUGUGCGCCGGUUUCUUGAGAAACAAAAGGAUAAGAUUACAGGUGUGGUAUUUUGCUUAACGACAGCAAACGAUACUGAAAUAUAUAAGAGACUUCUUCCGCUCUAUUUUCCGCGUGAUAAGAAGGAAGAAGAGAUUGCUAUUUCUAAGCUUCCUGCUGAUGUUGGAGAUGAAAACGGUGAAACAGUUAUUGACGAAAGAAAAAUCAGGAUAAAACCGCUACCAAAUGUCAAAAAAACAUUUCCUAAAAUUCCCCGAGCUUCGUUAGAUGUUCCUGUUGGUGAUCAAGGAUUGGCUAGACGGAACUCUUCGUAUUUGGAAUCAUAUUUAGAUCCUGCUUUUAUGUCCAUAAUUAAAGAUCCUGAUCAAAGGCGUCAAGAACAAUGGGAAAGAACUGCUCGAGCCCAAAAUGGGUUCAACUUUGCUAAAAUGCUAGGGUUUGGUGAUCUCGGGGGCCCACCGCUUUCUGCUUCCGAGGAGUACUCGCUACAUUCUAGAUACCUGGCCAAAGCAAAUUCUCUUAAUCUUUCUGAAAUUGCAGAAAUGAAGAUUCUGUACCGGGGAGGAGUAGAUAGUGAAGGUCGUCCAGUAAUGGUUGUAGUUGGAGCACAUUUUCUCCUUCGGUGUCUUGAUCUUGAAAGAUUUGUUCUUUAUGUAGUAAAGGAGUUUGAGCCCUUAAUCCAGAAACCUUAUAGCAUCGUGUACUUUCACUCUGCUGCAUCUUUACAAGUGCAGCCAGAUCUAGGAUUUAUGAGAAGAUUGCAGCAAAUACUUGGUAGGAAAAGCCAGCGGAAUCUUCAUGCAAUAUACAUCCUCCACCCGACCUUUGGACUGAAGGCUGCCAUACUUGCAUUGCAAGUGUUAGUGGAUGGCAUGGUGUGGAAAAAGGCUGUAUACGUUGAUCGACUUCUUCAGCUUUUCAAAUAUGUUCCUCGUGAGCAACUAACCAUCCCCGACUUCGUGUUCCAGCAUGAUUUGGAAGUGAAUGGAGGAAAAGGGCUUAUUGUUGAUCCAAGAACAAAAUAUGUAUAUCAUCGACCGUAGGACAUCGCAUUGUUCUUGCAUACCUGGACCCGGUUCACCAAGGCUCUUCAAUUUAACAUGGGACUACGGAUAAAAGCCGUCUGCAAAGCUGUUAUGAAUCGAACCCCGAGUGGCACGCGAUUGCAAAGUUUCUGUUGGCUUUAUUCCAAGUUUUGUGCUUUUAAAAAUGUAUGUUGUGAUGUAUUUAAUUUUUGUGUUUCAGUAUAUUUUCUCAUUGUAAAGUUUUGAAGUUUAGCUUGGUCUUGUAUUGCAGAUCCGUAUGAGAAAUUAUUAUAUUGUUUGGAAGAAUCCAAAUUGAAUAUAUUUGAAUGCAAUGCAGUAAUGUUGUUUUUCUAAAA